GAAUGAAGCUUUUGCAACUGACAAUUGCAUCGCUGAUUGACACCCUUAUAGUGUGCGACUCUUGACCCAAUUUAUGCAGGCGCCAAAGAGAAAAUCCGACCUUGUUUUAAUGUUCCUUCAAUUGUUGACAGAUUUUGAGUCAGUUCACUAUGUUAUUUGUAACCGAGGAAGCUACCCAACCUUGCCGUCUGAGAGCACCCAACAACAUUGGUCCAAAGCAAACACUAGAUUUGCUUCUGCCCAAUAUUCAUUGACCCCUUCUUAUGUAGGUUGCUUUGAUUCAGAUUUUGUUUAUUCUCAUCUCUAAAUCUCAUGAUAUAUCUCCUCGAUUGAUGAAUCUGUGAUUCUUUCCAUUUCCCUACAGCUUUGAAUGAUUAUAUGUCGAGUCCACACCCUUUGAGCUGAGAAGCAUACUUGGCACAGUAUCAGCUACAACAAAGCGGGAUCAAACUCAAUUUAAACAUCCAUCCAAAAUGGAUCGCAGCAAAGAAGAAAACCAGAGCCGCGAAGGGCUUCUGCGAGAUUAUGACGAUAAUGGACAAACCCCAAUUCGAAAAUCGUUCGAAGAUGCCUAUCGAAAUUCAGAGGAAUCUGAUAUUGACGCCUCGGAUUACCUCAAUCCAAAUCACCCUCAGGUUUCAGUGCCUGCGUAUCAUACCAAUACUCGAUUGAGUAAUCUACGACGUACUUUGGCUCGACGGUCGAAAAUUCUUAUAAUUACAAUUAUUGUUGGAGUAGCGUUUUGGUCGGUGCUCGCGGGAGGAGGGUUCUGGUUAUAUAAGAAAACACCUGCAACUGGACAGUCGCCGCCAUGGUACCCAACACCACCCGGAGGCACAGUUUCACAAUGGAGCGAGAGUUAUAAGAAGGCCGCCGCGUUGGUCGAAAAAAUGACGUUGCCGGAAAAGGUAAAUAUUACUACGGGUACUGGAUGGCAGAUGGGUCUUGCAGUUGGUAAUACUGGUCCUGCAUUGAAUGUAGGCUUCCCUGGCCUCGCCUUGCAAGACGGACCCUUGGGGCUACGAUUCGCCGAUAACGCAACGGCUUUUCCAGCAGGUAUCACUGUUGGGGCGACAUUCAACAAGGAAUUGAUGUACAAGCGAGGUAAGGCACAUGGCCAAGAAGCCAGAUUGAAGGGAGUUAAUGUGCUCUUGGGACCCUGUGUUGGACCAAUAGGUCGAAUGCCCGCAGGCGGGCGGAACUGGGAAGGAUUCGGCACAGAUCCAUAUCUUCAAGGUAUUGCCGCAGCUCAAACCAUCAAAGGCAUUCAAGAAGAAGGCGUUAUUGCUACGAUUAAGCAUUUUGUUGGGAAUGAGCAAGAACAUUUCAGACAAAGUUAUGAGUGGGGAUUACCAAAUGCCAUGUCAUCCAACAUUGACGAUCGAUCUCUGCAUGAACUGUAUGGGUGGCCUUUCGGAGAUGCUGUAAAAGCUGGAGUAGCCAGCGUUAUGUGCAGUUACCAAAUGGUGAACAACUCAUACUCGUGUGGAAACUCGAAGCUGCUUAAUGGAAUCCUGAAAGAUGAACUUGGGUUUCAAGGCUUUGUUCAAUCCGAUUGGCUUGCGCAAAGAUCUGGUGUAGCAAGCGCACUUGCUGGGCUCGAUAUGACUAUGCCAGGAGACGGCCUUAUUUGGGUUGAUGGAAAGUCACUAUGGGGUCCCGAGUUGAGUAAAUCAGUUCUUAAUGGGUCGUUGCCCGUCUCGAGGCUCAAUGACAUGGUGACCAGAAUUGUAGCUGCUUGGUAUCAGUUGGGACAAGAUGAUAAAUCAAAAUAUGAUGGUGAAGGUCCCAACUUUUCCUCGUGGACCAAUGAAGAGAAAGGAUUUAUUAAUGCUGGAAGUUCUGAUGACAAGGAUGAGAAAGUUGUCAACAAAUUUAUCGAUGUUCAAGGUACAGGCGAUGAAGCGCAUUCUAUUAUAGCACGUCAAGUAGCCACUGAGGGAACUGUGCUACUAAAGAACGAGGACAAUUUACUACCUCUGAACAAGAAUGGUUGGAGCUCACCAGAUAAGCAUGAACUUGCAUACAGAAUAGGGAUCUUCGGUGAGGAUGCAAGUGAAGGUGAAGGUCCAAAUAUAUGCCCAGAUAGAGGCUGCAACAAAGGUACAUUAGGAUCCGGAUGGGGGUCUGGCGCUGUCGACUUUCCUUACUUGGUUUCUCCAAUCUCAGGUAUCAAGAAAUCGUUCAACCCAGAACAUGUCUAUAUUACUGUCUUUCCUACAAACUCUCCUCCAUUGAAGAAGGCUCCAGCAAUUAUCAAAGAUCAAGAUGUUUGCAUCGUAUUUGUCAAUUCUGAUGGCGGAGAAGGAUAUAUUAGUUACGAAGGCAUUCGUGGCGACCGCAAUGACUUGAACCUACAACAUGGAGGCGAGAAACUUGUGAAACAAGUUGCUGAAGGGUGUGGAGGAGGGGAAGGUAGCACAAUUGUUGUAGUCCAUGCUGUCGGACCAGUUGUCAUGGAUGAGUGGAUUGGUCUGCCAGGAGUCAAAGCAGUGAUAAUGGCAAAUCUCCCUGGGCAGGAAAGUGGAAAUGCAAUUGCUGACAUAUUACUCGGAAAUGUCAAUCCAAGUGGUAAGCUACCUUAUACCAUUGGAAAAUCUCUGCAAGAUUAUGGUUCUGGUGGCCAGGUUUUGUACUAUCCGAAUGGUGUUGUUCCACAGCAGAAUUUUACAGAAGGAUUGUACAUUGAUUAUCGCCACUUCGACAAAUACAAUUUGGAACCUACAUUUGAGUUUGGCUUCGGACUCUCAUACACCACCUUUGAAUACACAAACCUCCAGGUAGACGCAAUUUUACCCAAAUCAUCUUUCCCAGCUCCUCGCCCAGAUGGAAUUCUUCCACCUACUUUCGAUGAAAAAAUACCAGACGCUAGUGAAGCCCUCUUCCCAUCAAAUUUCAGGAAACUCUCUAAAUUCAUUUAUCCAUAUAUCGAAAAAGUCUCGGAUAUUGAGGAGGGCAGAUACCCAUAUCCAGAGGGAUAUGACAAUGAACAGACCCCAUCACCUGCUGGUGGAGAUGAAGGUGGUAAUCCUGACCUCUGGACUGUUUAUGCGACUGUAUCGGUUGACCUCAAGAAUACUGGGAGUGUGACCGGCAAAGAAGUAGCACAAUUAUACCUCGAAUAUGACAAAAUUAGGGGUGAAGCUGCCAAUGUCGAUUUUCCAGUCAGGGUCUUGAGGGGAUUCGAGAAAGUUGAACUUAAAAAGGAUGAGACGACAACAGUGAAGUUUGACUUGACGAGAAGGGAUUUGAGUUAUUGGGAUGUAGUAAAGCAGAAUUGGGUCAUGCCCACAGAGGGAAGUUUUACGAUUAGGGUGGGUGCUAGUUCCAGGGAUUUGAGGCUCACGGGAUCUUUGUGAUAUGGAGUACAAGAAAGGCUUGGAAUUGGUGUUGGGGAUUUUUGACUGGGACGUGAGUUGAACAUGGAUAUGUAUUUGGAUCUGGAUAUGUCAUUCUUUGCAAUAUAGCCAAACAUUGAUGAAAUACGUUGGUUUGCCAAAGGCGUUCACAUCAUUUGAGCUUCGUGAACACCUUCUGGUUCCCUCUCUUCUUCCAAAUGAAGCUCUCUAAACAACACGAAGGACCUUGCUCGUAACCCAAUUGUUGUGGGAAAGUCUUGGUCUUGUGUGAAUCUUGUGUUUCUAAGAUCACAUUGUUUCCAAGCUCAACAUCUGAUGAUGCAAUGUUUCCUUCUUUUCCUUCCACCAAUAAUGAUUUGCUUGCUUGAUUGCAUGACUAUAAACUAAUUGCGGUACUGACUUUACAUUUAAUACA